CAGCAAUGCAGGGAGAUACAAAUGGAAAUUCGGAAGCUGCAAAGAAAGGGAGGUCACUGUAUGGACUGUACCCUUACAAGUCUAGCAUGAUUGGGCUGGAAUCUCUGGCCGACCCCUCAGGCGACUGGGAUAUCGUGGAGACCAUCGGGAAGGGAACCUACGGGAAGGUCUACAAAGUGAACAACAGAAAGGACGGAAGCCAGGCAGCGGUGAAGGUCUUGGACCCGAUCAAUGACGUGGAUGAGGAGAUCGAGGCGGAGUACAACAUCCUGAGGUCUCUGCCCAACCACCCCAACGUGGUCAAGUUCUACGGCAUGUUCUACAAAGCGGACGACCUCUCAGGGGGGCAGCUGUGGCUGGUGCUGGAGCUGUGCAACGGCGGCUCCGUCACCGAACUCAUCAAGGGCCUGCUGAUGUGCCACCGCCGCCUGGAUGAGCCCAUCAUCGCCUACAUCCUGUACGGCGCCCUCUUGGGCCUCCAGCAUUUGCACAACAACAGAAUCAUCCAUCGUGACGUCAAAGGCAACAACAUCCUGCUGACAACAGAGGGGGGAGUCAAGCUCGUUGACUUUGGUGUCUCGGCCCAGCUGACGAGUGCUCGCUUGCGGAGGAACACCUCGGUUGGGACCCCCUUUUGGAUGGCUCCAGAGGUCAUCGCCUGUGAGCAACAGUAUGACUACUCGUACGACGCCCGCUGCGACGUCUGGUCGCUGGGCAUCACUGCCAUCGAGUUGGCCGACGGAGACCCCCCCCUCGCGGAGAUGCACCCCGUCAAGGCCCUCUUCAAGAUCCCGCGGAACCCAUCCCCGACACUACGCCAUCCGGAGCAGUGGUGUCGCAGCUUCAGCCACUUCAUCGCCCAGUGUUUGAUCAAGGAUUUCGAGACGCGCCCAUCGGUGACCCACCUUCUGGAGCACCCUUUCAUCAAGCAGGCACACGGAAAGGACAUGGCACUGCGGCAACAGCUAGCCGUCCUCAUCCGCGAGCAGCAGGAACUGGGGUGCAGGGCCAAGACCAAGCAUGAGAGAAUCAGCACCCGAAAAACUCUCCGUGUGGAGAGCUGUCCCGAUGACGACCUGGUGAACCUGGAGGCUCUGGAUGAGGAAGUGAUCAUCAGCCGCCUCCAGAGAAGGUACGAGGAGCUGCAGAUCUACACGUAUGUGGGGGACAUCCUAAUCGCUCUCAACCCUUUCCAAAAUCUCAGCAUCUACUCACCACAGUUCUCCAAGCUCUACCAUGGGGUGAAGCGCAGCUCGAACCCGCCUCACAUCUUCGCCACAGCGGACGCGGCGUACCAGGGCAUGGUGACCUUCUGCAAAGACCAAUGCAUCAUUAUCAGCGGGGAGAGUGGGGCGGGGAAGACCGAAAGCGCCCACCUGAUUGUCCAGCAUCUCACCUUCCUGGGGAAGGCCAAUAACCGCACACUGCGGGAGAAGAUCCUGCAGGUGAACCCCCUGGUGGAGGCUUUCGGAAACGCCUGCACGGCGAUCAACGACAACUCCAGCCGCUUCGGCAAAUACUUGGAGAUGAAGUUCACCCCCACGGGGGCCGUAAUGGGGGCCAAGAUUUCCGAGUACCUGCUGGAGAAGUCCAGAGUAAUCAAGCAGGCAAUGGGAGAGAAGAAUUUCCACAUAUUCUAUUACAUCUACGCUGGCCUUUAUCAUCAAGACCAGCUCAAAGAAUACAGACUGCCGGAGAAGACUCCUCCCAGAUACAUUGAUAACGAGCACGGCAAAGUGAUGCAGGACAUUAUCUCCAGCAAGCUGUACAAAGAGCAGUUUGAUGCCAUUCAGGACUGCUUCCGCAUCAUUGGCUUCACCGAGGAGGAAGUAAACUCAGUUUACAAAAUUCUGUCUGCCAUCCUGAAUACUGGAAAUAUCGAAUUUGCUGCCAUUACAUCUCAACACCAGACUGAUAAAAGUGAAGUGCCUAAUUCUGAAGCCUUAGAAAAUGCCGCCACCCUCCUCAGCAUCGGCUCCGAGGAGCUGCAGGAGGCCCUGACGUCGCACUGCGUGGUGACCCGGGGCGAGACCAUCAUCCGCACCAACACGGUGGACAAGGCCACCGACGUACGGGAUGCCAUGUCCAAGGCCCUGUACGGCCGCCUCUUCAGCUGGAUCGUCAACCGCAUCAACGCCCUGCUGCAGCCCGACAAGAACAUCUGCGCCACGGAGAGCGGGAUGAACGUGGGCAUCCUGGACAUCUUCGGCUUCGAGAACUUCACCAAGAACUCCUUCGAGCAGCUGUGCAUCAACAUCGCCAACGAGCAGAUCCAGUUCUACUUCAACCAGCACAUUUUCGCUCUCGAGCAGAUGGAGUACCAGAGCGAGGGGGUGGAUGCCAGCCUGGUGGAGUAUGAGGAUAACAGGCCCAUCUUGGAUAUGUUCCUGCAGAAGCCCAUGGGGCUGCUCUCCCUGCUGGACGAGGAGAGCCGUUUCCCUCAGGCCACCGACCAGACCCUUGUGGAUAAAUUUGACGACAACCUUCGCUGCAAGUAUUUCUGGAGACCAAAACGCGUUGAGCUUUGCUUUGGGAUUCAGCACUAUGCUGGAAAGGUCCUGUACAACGUGGAUGGGUUCCUGGAGAAGAACCGGGACACGCUGCCGGCGGACAUCGUUGUGGUGCUGAGGACCUCGGAGAACCGCCUGCUGCAGCAGCUGUUCUCCAGCCCGCUGACGAAAACAGGUAAUCUGGCCACCUCUCGAGCGAGGGUCACCGCAGCGUCGAGAUCACUGCCACCCCAGCUCGGCGCAGGACGGAACAAGUCUCCCAAAUACCUGUUGAAGGUGGACACCAUGGAGAUGAUGCGGCACCCUGAGGAGACCACCAACAUGAGGAGACAGACCGUGGCCUCCUACUUCCGCUACUCCCUGAUGGACCUCCUGUCCAAGAUGGUGGUGGGCCAGCCCCACUUCGUACGCUGCAUCAAGCCCAACGACGACCGCCAGGCCCUGCGCUUCUGCGAGGAGCGGGUGAUGGUGCAGCUGCGCUACACCGGGAUCCUGGAGACGGUCAACAUUCGCCGCCAGGGCUUCUCCCACCGCAUCCCCUUUGAGGAUUUCGUCAACAGGUAUUACUACCUGGCCUUCCGUGCCCACGAGAUGCCAGACACCAGCCAGGAGAACGUGGUGGCUAUCCUGGAGAGGGCCAAGCUGGACAACUGGGUGCUGGGGAAGACCAAGGUCUUCCUGAAGUACUACCACGUGGAGCAGCUCAACCUGCUGCUGCGUGAGGUGAUCGCCCGGGUGGUGGUGAUGCAGGCCUACACCAAGGGCUGGCUGGGGGCCCGCCGUUACCGCCGGGAGAGGGAGAGGAGGACGCAGGGAGCCAUCGUCAUCCAGUCAGCCUGGAGGGGCCACACCACACGCCAGAACGUCCGGCAAAUUAAAAAGGAGCGGGAAGAGGCCGCCAUCCGUAUACAGUCAGCCUACAGGGGACAUCGGGUCCGGAAAGACUACGCAGCCCAGAAGAACACUGCUCAUCCUGCAGCCGACUCCCAGUCAAAGUCCAGCAGCAGAGUCACCAAGGAGGACCCAGCCCGGCCUGACCUUACCCAGAGGAGCGGAUCUCUGACUGAUCAUCAAAACCCACACCGGGACCACCAGGAAGAGGUCGCACCCGACAGCCGAGGCGGGAGAGCUGGGGACGGAGGCCGAGGCAGAGGGGGCGCGGGAGAUGGGGUGAUGCCGCGGAGGAAGCAGAGCGGUGUGCGGGAGUCCCAGAGUAAACAAGGUCCAGUUCUCAAACUGCAGCAGCGUACCCCUCGGCGGCGGGGCCAGCAGCCCAAACUGCUGAACAGCCCCGAGGACAGCCUGUACUACAACCAGCUAAAUAGAACUCUGGAUUACCAGGGGAGCAAGAGGAAGCCGAGAAAACUUGGGCAAAUCAAAGUGCUGGACGGAGAGGACGAGUACUACAAAUUACUGUCGGCCGUGGAGUCGAUCCCAGAGGAAGACAGCCCGACUGGCCCCCCUCCCACCCUGUCAAGAGGGCCCGUCCUCACUCAGAGCUGAGCCCCUGUCUCGGCACGAAUGCCUUUUUUCAGCCCACAUGGCCCAACCAAGAAAGAGGACACUCGCGCACACUUGCUUCCAACAGAGGAAGAACACUGAUUUAUUUUUUGAACAAUUGUUUGAUUCUGAU